UUUUGUUUAUGUCCUUUAAAGCUUAAGGAAGUUUUAUUAUUCUAAGUAGCAAUAAUUAUUUUAAGAUAUUCAAAAUUUUUAAGAGUACCUACUGAUCGAUAAAAUAACAGCUUACAAUGAAUAAGAAUUAUAAAAAGAUUAAACAGGUCCGAAAUAAAAAACUGCUUCCCGAUUUGUCGGAGGAAGGAGAACUUACGAAGGAAAUAGUGCUCUCAACUAAGGAGAAACACGGAGUUCCAGCUGGAUCCAGACUUUUUUCACAUCAUACUUUAGCCAGUGUCCGAAAAUUGCACUUCUUUCAUCCAUUCUUCUUACCACAAGAUAGUUUGGAUAUAGUGUUGGCAGCUGUGUACAACCAUUCUAAAGAGAGGUUUGCUGAUAAAGAGGAUUUAUAUUUACAACCGGAAACUGUUGGAUGUAAGACUUGGCGUCGAUUAAGAAAUACUAUCGACAAAAUCCCUUCAGCUCAAAUUCCAAUGGGUCAUCCAAUGAAGAGGGGUGGCAUUACUGAGAAACAUUCACCGUUCAGCGUCAAAUUGAUGAAUUCAGGAGUCCAUUCGUCUCAAACUAAUCCAGGUUUCAGCAGACAGGCAGCUGGUGGUGCUAUUUUCUUUUAUUGAUUACUUUCUAGUCCUUAUUAAAACUGGCCCUCAAAAUCUA